AUGCAAGGUGCCAGCGCCCCGCGACGCCUCCUCCCUCCUAUCCCGCCUACCCUUCACUCGCUCGCCCACUUGCAGCCAAACGGAUCCGAACCAUUCUGCAAGGCCUUCAAUACUCUGUCUCGGCUUCUAAGACUCACCCAAGCAGCGCCUACCGACCCCCCUCCACACCCCUCUCGCCCCUCUCUCUCCCGCUCACCCCCUCUUUCGCGCGACACGAUGGCUCCCCCCGGACGCCCCAACCAGUUCAGCACCGCCGAGUACGACUGGUUCUUUGAACGUUUGAUGAAGGGAUACAACUUCGACGAGGUGGCCGAGGAGUUCAACAUCGUGUUCGCGCCUGAAGGAUCAGGCAGGAAGCAAGUGACAAAGGAGACUAUCCGCCAUGCUUGGGACGCACAGAUGAAGAAGCCGUCGUUCAAGUACUACAGUCAGAAGGCGGCCCUCAAGGCUCUCUCCCCCAAGCGUCGUUCCACCGGCAUCAAAAAGGCCAGGGCGGCGAGUGUCGUCGUCAGCGCGAGGAACGCGUUCGUCGCCGAGGCGUCCCGCGUCAUGCGCGAGGAACUCGACCUCGCGGCCUGUGCCUCCUCCUCUGUCGCGCCUGCCUCGACCUCCCGCUCCAUCGCCUCGACGUCGACGGCCUCGGGAGCCUCGAUCACUUCCUCUGUCCCGCUCGAGACCAUCACCAACCCCGUCGUCGUUUGGGGAAUCGACAUCUCCGCCCAGGUUCACGUGCCCGAGGCGCAGGAGAAGGAGGCCGAAUUGAAGGCGAACAAGGAGGGCAAGUAUGUGCGCACCGCUGCUGGGUUGAAGCUCAUGAGUGUCUGCGGAGCGGCCUGGAUGGCGCACCGGGAGCAGUGUAUCCAGUACUACGAGGAGAACCUCGCGCCGAAGGGUUCCGCCGAGAGCUGGAUCGACACGACGAAGAAGAAGAAGCCGGACGAGGACAGGCCGGCCGAAGAAGGGGAGGAGUACCUCUGA